GCAGUGCCAUGGCGGCGAGCGAAGACGUUUCCACGGAAAGUAAACACGACACGGGCGUCUCACAAGUGUGCCGUAACGAGGGCCUUGGAAAUGCAUUCAGAGAGUGCUUCUCGUCUCUCCUCGAUUCGAUCGCAGAGUUCGGUUCCGAGAUAAAAGUAUGCUCUGAAGUGUUGAGCAUCACAGCCAACGUGAGCGAUGUUAACUACUCUGAACUUAAGCCGACGCAUAUAUACAACUGUUUACAGCAGCACAUCUGCAAGUUACAGUCAAUAUCUGCAAAUCUGAAACAAAUGGUGGAUGCUGAGAAGCCAUCUAUCACAGCCAGCUGUGAAACAGCAGGGAAAUCGAGGGAAGAGUUGGUAGCAACAUCUGAGAAGGAGGUAGUUGUAGGCUCAGGUCACGUUCCUACUACAUCACAACACCACACCACCCCCACGGAUGUUGUGAAGGCCCAGCUUGAUGAUAACAGUGUCCAGAUCAAGGCUGGUAAAGCAGAGAUUGAGCGUAGGAUAUCUGCAUUUAUAGAGCGCAAACAGCUGGAGAUCAAUGAAAACAAUGUGCGGGAGUUUUGCAAUGUGAUCGACUGCAAUCAGGAAAACAGUUGUGCCAGAACAGAUGCCGUCUUCACGCCUUAUCCGGGUUUCAAGAGUCAUGUCAAAGUGACACGAGUGGUGAAUAUGUAUGGGCCCCAGACCAGAGGGGGGCUCUCUGAGCAGGGUGAGCAAAAGUUAGGCUCAUUCAGCAGAGACUGUGGAAACCCUGCCAUCGAGGAGCGGCUGCAGAACAUAGAAGCUCACCUAAAGCUGACAGCGGCGGGACCGGUGCCUCACAGCGUUUACCAGCGGCUGAAGAAGCUAGAGGAUCGAAUCCUGGAGCUUGAGGGCCUUUCUCCGGAGUACUUCCACUCCACAAGCUACUCACACAAGCGUCCGAAGGCCUCUGUAUCUCAGAGCUACAGCCUGUGUGAGCUGGAUGGGAAGAUCAAUGCAGUUAGAACAGCCUUGCUGAAGAGAGCGAGUGAAUUCCACUCCACAGACGCAAGGGAAUUUCCAUUUUGAAACGUGUGCAUGUGCUCAUAUACACAGGAAAGGCCUUCACUAUUUAAAGACAAACUACAACUCCCUUGUUAAAUCCUUUCUGAAUCUAUAGUGAGGACUUGUCAUUUUGUCCCAUAGCAGUUGAGUUGUACAUAUGAAAAUAUAUCUGUCUCUUUGAGGCAAUUGAGGGAACUGGUCCAUGCUGUCAUUUUUCUUUUUUGUAAAUACAUCUUUUCUGCAACAAGAA